AUGGUGGCUAGCUCGCUGCUUCGGUAUCGCCGCCUCACACGUGCAGUGCGGGUGCGGCUGUACGGGAUUGGGGAUGACAUGAUAGUUGUCCCAUCAUUCCUCCUCGCCGCCGCCACACUCAAACCCCCACCUCGGGAUCCUCCCAGAUCCCCUUCUGCUCGAUCUCCCCUGCCACCAGCGACCGAGCCAAUCCUCUCGAUCCACAUCACAGCCGCCCUCCUCUGCUCGUUCUUCUGCGAGCACUCGAGGCCCCGUCCUCCCGAGCACACCUGCAAUGCAGGUCUGAACCCCGCCGUCCUCGUCUUCUCGCGCGGCCAACCACCCCGGCCAGCCUCCAACCUCCAGCAGGACGACCCCGAGAAGCAACACCCUCGCCAGAGCAAGCGCGUCCCCAAAUCGGGACCCCUCCGACGCCCCCUCGCCGGAUCCGGUCGUCCCCGGCUCGUCGAACCCCAUCGAAGCCGCCGCCCCGUUUCUGCCACCGUCUGCCCGCUCCUCGCGGGAGUGCCUUGCAACAUCUCGCCUCCCGCAGUGGUCCUCAUCCACGCCCUCAAGGAACCGAGCGAGGACCUCGCCGCCCGGACCCGCUUCCUCUGCUUCGCCCCGAGCCGCGUCCUUGCCGGAUUCGCGCUCGCCGGUCUCCCCGUCGCGCCAAGUCCCUGUGCCCGUGACCCCUGCCUCGUACGCGUCCUGUUCGUCAAGGAGAAGACGAACGCUGACCACGCGCGUGGACUGCGCCUCCUCCACGAGCGACCGCUAGUGGGCUCUAGGCCUAGCAUCGCUAGCAGCCUCCCAGAUCCGCCGACCCACCGCUCUGCUUCCCCUUCGGCCCAUUGGCCCAACUUCCGACAACGUCGCGUUUGUGAGGAUCCGUUCGACUACGUAUUGGACCUACGACUGCCCACCGUCGUGCUAGAGAAUGUCCACCUCAAGGUCGCACUCGCCGCGCAGCGCCUGGUGCAGCAAGACACCAUCAACGUAGUCAUGAACGUCUACAUGCAAAUCGUCCACAAGGACUACUAUGCACAAGAGUAG